ACUCCAUGGAGGAAGCUUAUCUCCAGGAUAUGUGGGCUGUGUCCUGUGGGAGCCUAACCUGGAGACUGAGCGUGGAUCUGGACGGCCCCUUGAUGCGAUAUGGAGAGGGGAGCAAGGAUAUUGGCUUCACCCAGGUUUUUGCGCCUGCAGGAAAUCGAAACACCAGGCGCCAUCUUGUCUGAGCCGACUCCUUCCGGACUACAUUUCCCAGAGGCCUCGCAGGAGCAGGGCCGCUCCUUCACUCGCUUGCCCGACCGUCGGCCUCCCGGGAAGGGUAACUGCAAGCUCUGCUCUUCUCAGAUAGGUCCCCAGAGGAAGAAGGAGGAAUGGCUGUUGACCAAGCCAAAUAAAAGGAAAACAGCCCCAAGGAGAACUGAUCCUCUCCUGCAAUACUGAAAGAAAGCCAUGGCCCAGGGCUCAGUGGUGUUCAGUGAUGUGUCUGUAGACUUCUCGCAGGAGGAGUGGGAGUGCCUGGACUCUGGUCAGAGGGACUUGUACAGAGAUGUGAUGUUGGAGAACUAUAGCAAUCUGCUGUCAAUGGGAUUUUACAUUCCUAAGCCUCAAGUCAUCUCCUUAUUGGAACAAGGGAAAGAGCCCUGGAUGGUUGGCAGAGAGCUGACAAAAGGCCUAUGUUCAGAUCUGGAAUCAAUGUGUGAAAACAAGUUAUUAUCUCUGAAGAAGGAAGUUUAUGAAAUAGAAUCAUGCCAGAGGGAGAUAAUGGGACUUACAAAGCAUGGCCUUGAGUACUCCAGUUUUAGAGACAUUUUGGAAUAUAGAAGCCACUUUGAAAAACAACUGGGAUAUCAAAGUGGGCAUUUAAGCCAAGAAAUAUUCACUCAUGAAUACAUGCCCACAUUUAUUCAACAGACAUUCUUUACUCUACAUCAAAUAAUUAAUAAUGAAGAAAAGCCCUAUGAAUGUAAAAAAUGUGGAAAGGUUUUUAGUCAGAAUUCACAAUUUAUUCAACAUCAGAGAAUUCAUAUUGGUGAAAAAUCUUAUGAAUGUAAGGAGUGUGGGAAAUUCUUUAGUUGUGGCUCACAUGUUACUCGACACCUGAAAAUUCAUACUGGUGAAAAACCCUUUGAAUGUAAGGAAUGUGGAAAGGCCUUCAGUUGUAGCUCAUACCUUUCUCAACAUCAGAGAAUUCAUACUGGUAAGAAACCCUAUGAAUGCAAGGAAUGUGGGAAGGCCUUUAGCUAUUGCUCAAAUCUUAUUGACCAUCAGAGAAUUCACACUGGUGAAAAACCCUAUGAAUGUAAAGUAUGUGGGAAGGCCUUUACUAAGAGCUCACAACUUUUCCAACAUGUGAGAAUUCAUACAGGUGAGAAACCCUAUGAAUGUAAGGAAUGUGGCAAAGCUUUUACUCAGAGCUCAAAGCUUGUUCAGCAUCAGAGAAUUCACACUGGUGAAAAACCCUAUGAAUGCAAGGAAUGUGGCAAAGCCUUUAGUAGUGGCUCAGCACUUACUAAUCAUCAGAGAAUUCACACUGGGGAGAAACCCUAUGAUUGUAAGGAAUGUGGGAAAGCUUUUACUCAGAGCUCACAACUUCGUCAACAUCAGAGAAUCCAUGCUGGUGAGAAACCCUUUGAAUGUCUUGAAUGUGGGAAGGCCUUUACUCAGAACUCACAACUUUUUCAACAUCAGAGAAUUCAUACAGAUGAAAAACCAUAUGAAUGUAAUGAAUGUGGAAAGGCCUUUAAUAAAUGCUCAAACCUUACACGACAUCUGAGAAUUCAUAGUGGUGAAAAGCCCUAUAACUGUAAGGAAUGUGGGAAGGCAUUUAGUAGUGGCUCAGAUCUCAUUCGUCAUCAGGGAAUUCACACUGAUGAAUUUUCAGCCUUGGCGGAGCAGCUCUGGUCUCAGCCUUUCCAUCCUCGCACAGGCAGCUGGGGCUCCUGCUCCCAGACAAGCGCCACCAUCACUGGGGAGCUGAAGACUGUCAGGGCUGUUGCCUUGUGCACAGCCUCCCCUCAGGAUGCUCUGGUCAGGAUGUCCUCGCAAGCCGGAUUCCAGUCCAGGGAGUUGUACACAUCAAUCCCAGCCUCCGGGGAGUCACAGGAUUCUGCUGUGUUGGGCUGGAGAGAACUGCAGUCUUGGUUUCCCCAAGGUUUAUCACCGUGGCUUGAAGUCACUCAGGCCCAGAGAAGCUCCUGGCAACAGCCACAAAUCCCCUUCGGGGAGGCUGAUGGCUGUGACAGGCAGCUGGUGGGCUCUAGACUGGCAGAAUGGAACCCCUUCUGCUCCAUGCUACUUUCUAGAGACAUGACAGAAUGGGAUGAGUUUGAAUCACUCUGUACCAUCUGGUGGAAUGGUCUCAAGGAAGUGGUCACCAUCAAAUACGGCGGAGGCACGUGUCCGUUUUUGUGUUUGCGGGUCCAGCCCUGCCAAAGGGGAUGUCCCCGGCUGAGACUCUGGGUUCACCUGCACGGGUCUGCCCGGGUCUCCGGGAGGGGCUCCCUGCGCGCCCCCGGCCUGCGCGGGGGCUUCUGGGAGAUGUGGUCCAUCCGCCGGACCCGCGCACCUCCGUGCACCGCGGCACCAGCCGCUGGGUCUUAUUCCGCGGCGGAUACCUGGAGAGGUGAGUCCCCCAAUCUUACGGGGGCGCUGAUGGCGGCAGGAAUAGCCGAGAGUACCCGGGUCGUGCGAAGGCCGAACGAAAAACGUUCGGCGCUCGCGAGGCCAUCGCAAUCAGAAUGCCAGCAUCAAUUUUCAAAAAUAGAAUUCACUAGCUCAUACCAGUUCUCAGUUGGAAGACAAAAUAGGCCCGAAGAGCCAGAGAAGUUUUGGAAGGGAGAUGAGCCAGUAACAGAAAAAUUCUGGGAGAAAGGAUCGAAUCAAGACCUGAAAGGCCCUUGCUUCCCAAAGCAACGCUUCAGCGUCCCUUGGUGCGGUGGAUUCCCUCCCAGGGACCUUUUACUGUUGCGAGGACCUGCCCCCACCGGUCACUCACAGCCUGAUUGGCCCGGCUUCGCAGGCCUCCCCUUAGCGCCUUUGCUGUUGGAAGGUCCAGCUUUAGGAGCGCUGGUCUGUCAAUCAUGUCCAUUGGUAAAGAGACCUGCCGUGUACCAAGUCGAGUCUCGGAGUUUACGGGUCGUAACAAGGCCUGAGGGUCUCCUGCGCCGAGUGCAAAUCUCCGAGAUGAAGCCAAAAGCGCGAAACAUGAUUGCAAGCCGAGAUGCUGUGCCCAGGGCAAGCGUUCUUGCCCAGGGUCCCCCCGUCCCCACGCGAAGGCACAGGCGAGCACGGGGCCGGAAGAAGCCGUACUGGCAGAUGGCGCUGAGCGUUGUUCAACAUUUUUGCGUUGUCCCGGCAAGAGACCGCCCGACGAGGGACGCAGCCACCCUGAAGUCCUCCGGGUGCGUAGUGCGUGCCUGGGAUUUCAGCAGUCGCGAGGGUUCCAAAUCCCAGAGGUCUGAAUUUUGGGCAAAUCUUGUAGAGAUUGAAGAGUCCAGCCUCCCUAUCUACCAAAACCCCGGGGACACAAGACCAAAGCUUGGAGUUAGCCCAGCCAAUCCCGCUCUCCUAAAAAAUAGCCUUGGCGUUCCCUGUCCAUACUGGCGCCCCUCCUACCUCCGGGGACCAAGGCCGGUGUCGCUCUUAUCCCCGAGUCCCAACAAAGCAUCACUCCACUGCUUCAUCCCUCAAGUGCUCUGCCGUGACCGGCGCCCACUCGCGCCAAUCCGGACCCUGGUUUCUGCUACGGGAAGGGCACACGGGGCGGCGCCUUGGCAUGAGUUACCCCAGUUCGUCCGCGCCGCUGACCUUGACGUAGCAGGAGCAUUUCCGGUCCGUGGGAUCCGCCACUCGCUGUUUGGAAGUGGCGUCGGCACUUCAUUCGGGAUUUUCCCGUACUUCUGCACUUCGUUCCCGAGUCUCAGCCUCAGGAUCGGCAACGUGCACCCCACGUUCCAUCUGUCUUCUGAGACUUUGCCCUUCUCCAGAGAGAGCAUUCAGGAGACCAGGAAAAUGGCCACGGGGCUCCUGAAAGCCAAAAAAGAGGCAUUCGUGGCAUUCAGGGAUGUGGCUGUGGACUUCACCCGAGAGGAAUGGAGUUUGCUGAGCCCUGCCCAGAGGACCCUGCACAGGGAAGUGAUGCUGGAGACCUACAACCACCUGGUCUCACUAGAAAUUCCAUUUUCCAAACCAAAACUCAUUUCUCAGCUGGAGCAAGGAGAAGAGCCCUGGAUUGAGGAGAAACGAUGUCCGCUGGUCCUCUGUCCAGGGUCAAAGCUAGAAAUUCAACCUUAUCCCCCCUGUCCGCUGGCAUUCUCUAGUCAGCGAGGCCUCAGCCAACAUGUGUGGCUCAGGCAUCUUCCUCAGCUCUUCUCAAGUUACUGUGCAGGAAAUCAUCUCCGUCCGGGGAAACCCUAUCCAGAAGAUCAGAAACAGCAGCAGAAACAACUCUUUGAUCAAGCCUGCUUGAGUGACAAAGCAGAAAUUCAAGAGACAGAAGACUCCAAGCCCUUGUUCAGGAGAGUAAGCAGAAGAGGCACUUGGGAGGUGUUGUCCAGCCCACUGCAAGAACAGCCAGUCGGGUCCGGGGAAGACAACACGGUGCUGGAUAUAGGGCCCAGCCUAGGCCAGAGGACAGACCUUGAGGAAUCAGACAAAGGAUCGCGUGCUGUAGAAGUCUCAAGAUUUGGGGCAGUCAAAUGUGGGGAGUUUGGGCGAGGCUUUUUGAGGGAGUCAAACCUGCUCAGCCUCCAGAAGAUGCAUACAGGGGAGACACCUUACAUGUACACUGAGUGGGGACAGGGCUUUAGCAACAUGUCAAUCCUCAUCAAAAACCAGAAGAAACACUCUGGGGAAAAACCUUAUGUGUGCAAGGAGUGUGGACGAGGCUUUACCUGGAGGUCAAACCUCAUCACACACCAGAGGACACACUCAGGGGAGAAGCCUUAUGUGUGCGAGGAGUGUGGACGAGGCUUCACCUGGAAGUCAAACCUCAUCACACACCACAGGACACAUUCAGGGGAGAAACCUUAUGUGUGCGAGGAGUGUGGACGAGGCUUUACUUGGAAGUCAAACCUCUUCACACAUCAAAGGACACAUUCAGGGGUCAAGCCUUAUAUGUGCAAGGAAUGUGGGCAGAGUUUUAGCCUGAAGUCAAACCUUAUCACACACCAGAGGGCACACUCUGGGGAGAAGCCUUAUAUUUGCAAGGAAUGUGGGCGCGGCUUUCGCCAGCAUUCACAUCUCAUCAGACAUAAGAGGACACAUUCGGGAGAGAAGCCUUAUGUGUGCAGGGAGUGUGAGCAGUGCUUUACCCAGAAGUCACAUCUCAGUAGACACUUAAGGACACACACAGGAGAGAAGCCUUACGCAUGCGCGGAAUGUGGGCGCCGUUUUAGUUGGAAAUCAAACCUCAAGACACACCAGAGGACUCACUCCGGGGUUAAACCUUAUGUAUGCCUGGAGUGUGGGCAGUGCUUUAGCCUGAAGUCAAACCUCAACAAACACCAGAGGUCACACACGGGGGAGAAGCCAUUUGUGUGCAGAGAAUGUGGGCGAGGCUUUACCCGGAAGUCAACCCUUAUCACACACCAGAGGACACACUCAGGGGAAAAGCCAUUUGCGUGCAGGGAGUGUGGACGAGGCUUCAACGAUAAGUCAACCCUCAUCUCACACCAGAGAACACAUUCAGGGGAAAAGCCUUUUGUGUGCAGGGAGUGUGGUAGAAGGUUUAGCCAGAAGCCAAACCUCUUUAGGCACAGGAGGGCACACUCGGGUCAUAUGCCCUUUGUGUGCAAAGAGUGUGGGCAGGGCUUCUGUGAUAAGUUAACUCUCGUCACACACCAGAAGGCACACUCCGGGGGAAAGCCUCACGUGUGCAGGGAGUGUGGGCAAGGCUUUAGCCGGCAGUCACACCUCGUUAGACAUCAGAGGAUACAUUCAGGAGAGAAGCCUUACAUUUGUAGGAAGUGUGGGCGAGGCUUUAGUCGGAAAUCAAACCUCAUCAGACAUCAGAGGACACACUCAGGAUAGACACCUUGUGUGUACAGCGAGUGUAGUGAAAUCUUCAGUCAAGAGUCCUAUUUCACAAGAUGCCAGAAGUCACACCUAGUGGUUUUAGUAAGAAGUCAGCCAUUACCAGACACCAAAGUGGAGACAGCUACUUACGUGUGACAGGAAUGUUCACGAGCCCAAUGGGAAGAGUCAACCUCUCCAGUCCGCCUGAAGGAGAACUACUGGCUCAUUUUCAGGAGCUCUGGCUUCCCCUAGUGGGGAUGGUGGGUUGUGGAAGAUCAGGUAACUUGAUGGAGGGAGCACUUAGAAGUAGAUUGAAAUAAAGGAAUGGAGACUAUUCUAAUGUCAUUUCCUGAGAAUAUUUAAACCCUCCUUACACAGUAGCCUGGAUGUUAGAGAUAACAGCAAUAAUAGAGCUCGCCCCUUAAAAUCUGUCCGACUUUCUGAGAACAAGGGACUUGACAGAGACCAUUGCUGAUUUAAUCUUGCUUUCCCAGAGCAGGACCCAGCAGCAGUCAGCUUCAGGGAAGUUUGGGAAAUGAUGAAUUCAUGGAGACAGAGGUAGUACGUGGGUAGAAGAAGGUUUUAUUAUGCAAAAGGGCUUACAAGUGAGGAAGACCAUGACUGUCCUAGCUCUAGGUUUUGGGAGGAAGUAUCCAUUUUUGCUUGCUUCCAGGGGCUGUCUCUGGUUUCCAGGUUGAAUCCAUACUGAAGAUAUUCUUAUUUACCGAUGUAUUUAGACUAGAAAUGUAUUAUAUGCUUUUAUGAAGAAAACUGGUAGUAAUUUUUGUGAAUUUGACUUUCAAAUCAAAAGUUAGAAUAUUGAAAAACAACUGUCGCCAUGAACUUGACAGUUUUCCACUACUUGGUCUUUUGUGACAAGAUUGCUGAUGAUAUUAAUGAAUGUGAUUUUGUAAUACCAUAUAAUGAAAUACGUAAACAUUUGGAAGAUCUGCCUAACUCAUUGAACAAGUAUUUUCCAAAUGAUUAGUGUGUGAUGCUACAAAAUCAUCCAUGGUGAUAUUAAAGUAUAAGAUAGGCAAAUGGAUUUCAGUUUAAAAGAUAAAGGUACCUGGCUGGCUCAGUCAGUAGAGCAUGCAGCUCUUGAUCUUGGAGUUGUGAGUUCGAGCCCCACCUUUAGGGAUAGAGUUUACUUUAAAAAAGAAAAGAAAAACCAAAACCAAAAAUUAAAAUUAAUACCAAUCUUUAAAAAAAAGAGAGAUAAAGGCCAGAUUCCACAUUACAGUAACCUUUAAAAAAUUAUCACUUGUUGACUUUUGGUAUACUUUGGUAUAGUCAAAGAAUAAUAUUAACAAAUAUCUGAAAAGGUCAUUAAGAUACAUCUCCAUUUUUUAAAUUUGUACAUGUGAGGUCAUAUUAUUUAUCUCAGCAAAUUAAAUGCAAGAGCACAUAUAAAAUACUAGCUAUAUUAAGAUUAAAGAGAUUUUCAAAAAUACAAGAUAAUGCCACUCUUCUCACUGAUCUAUUUUUUUUUUAAUUUUUUUGGUGGAAAAUAUUCAAACCCAAGUGAAAGUGAAGCACUUUACUUCUCAUUUAAAGUGUGUUUAUGGUUUUGGGGUACCUGGCUGGCUCAGUCGGUGGAGCAUGUGAUUCUUGAUCUCAGGGUUGUGAGUUCAAACCCCACACUGGGUGUAGAGAUUACUUAAAAAUAAAGGUUUUUUAAAAAAACCAAACAGGUUUGGGGUUGCCUGGCUGGCUCAGUUGGUGGAGCAUGCGACUCUUGAUCUCAGGGUCAUGAGUUCAAGUCCUGUGUUGGGUGUGGAGCUUAACAACAAAACGUUUGGAUGUUUAUGGUCUAUAUCUCACAGCAAAAAAUACUUCACACACACUUAAACACCAAAAAAAAAAAAAAAGUUACCUAACAUACUAUUAUACUUAAUAUAAUUUAAACUAGGCAUGGGGCACCUGGCUGGCUCAGUUGGUGGAGCAUGAGAAUAUUCAUCUCUGCAUCAUGAUUUCGUCCCCAUGUUGGGUGUAGAGAUUACUAAAAAAAAAAAAAUAAAUAAACUUAAAAAAAUUUAAACUAGACAUAGAAGAAAAUUACCAAAUAACACAAAUGCAAAGGAAAUGCUUGUUAACACCCACUGGCAGAUGUAAACCUACAAUUGAAGUAUGCUGCUCUAUGUAGACAAAACACACAAAUCUUGGGGAAUGCUCAUUGCUAGAACUAAAUUAUAUAAUUAGUUAAUCUCUGUGCCUGUCGCUAUGUCUCUUCCUGAAUAUUCUUGCCAAUUUUUCUAUUUUUUAUUAAAAUCUAUUCUUUUAAUCUUUUCAA